AAAAUAAAGUAUUAGAUUAUAAUAAUCAACAUAAAAAAGAUUUAGCUACAUCAUUAGAACUUAUGACUUUACAAACCUUUGAUUAUAAUGAAGAUAAUAAUAAGAAUAGUCAAACAACACCAA